AUGCACGAUUCUUGCUGGAUUUUGAAGAAACUUGGUAAUAUUAUCCAGUAUCGCCUCAAAAAGUUCAAAAGAAGUGUAUGUCUGAAGGUUGAAUAUUUCAUACUGGUGUUCAAUGGACUAAAGAUACUAUCAGAGUUUGAUGAUCAAUAUAAAGGACCCACAAUAAGCUCUCAAGAAGAAAUGGCUGAUUAUUUAGAACCAAGGUUGCUGGGUGUAUUAGCUUUUAUAGAUUUUCAAUUGAUGAAUCCAUACAUUAUAAUAGAGGAUAAAAGAUUGGCUUUAGAAAGUUUAACAGCUAUUAUUAGGUUGAUGGGACCUAAACAUAUUAGUUCCAUAAGACAUAAAGAUACACUAUAUGAAUAUAUUAUGGGUAGUGAAACAGCUGAUCCUAUUGUCUCACAAUUAAUAUCUGUGUUGUUAUUGGGUUGUAGAGAUUCUGAUGCUAGAGUUCAAAUGUUGCAUGCUCAAUGUCUUGGUGAGAUUGGUGCUAUAGAUCAGGGAAGACUGGAACUGUUGUCAAACAAUCCUAAAGAAGAUAUGGCUAAAUUCCAAGCAUCUAUAGAAGACGACAACUUUGCCAUUGAUUUGAUUAAUGAACUAGUAUUUAGUGAGAUAAUGGAGGUUUUAACACAAGUUAAGAAACCUGAUACAAGACAUGGUAGUGCUAGUGAUUUCAGACAUAUGAGUGCUCAGACCAUAUUCUCUGUUAUUGAUUAUUUAACCAAAUGGAAAAGACAUAGAGCACAAACUAUUGCUGCUGAGAAACCUAAUCCCAAAGAGGCAGCAUAUUUAAAAGAUGGUGGUUAUCAAGCAGUAACUAAGUUUUUAGAUAGAAUACCACAAGAUGAGCUAGCUGAAGCUUGUUUUAACUGUAAAGCUUUUACUAGAGCUUUGAUGCAUUUUGAACAAUAUCUGUCUAAUAGUGACCAUCAUCUACAAGAUCAUCUAGAUUUCAUGCAGAGACUAUAUGUUUCAAUGGAUGAACAAGAUGGAGUUUUAGGAGUAGCAGCUGUUUGUCAGAAAAAACCCACUUUAAUACAAGAAAUAAGACUACAUGAAACAUUAGGUAACUGUACUUUUACUCUUCCUGCUCUUGUCAGCUCAGUUAAAUAUGCUAGUUGUGUUAGGCCUCAUAUUUGUUCAUUUUUUUUUUAA